AAAUGCAUUUAGCCGAGUAUUCAGAGGAUCUAGAAAUUGCAUUAAAGAUUUUGAUCGUGGGAAAUGGAGCAGUUGGGAAGUCGUCAUUAAUUCAGCGAUAUUGCCGCGGUGUUUUCACAAAUCAAUACAAGAAGACGAUGGGUGUGGACUUUCUAGAGAAAUCUUUGAGUAUAUCUGGAGAAGAAGUUCGAUUGCUCUUAUGGGACACUGCUGGACAAGAGGAAUUUGAUUGUAUAACAAGAGUUUACUAUAGAGGAGCACAAGGGUGUAUUCUUGUCUUUUCUACCACAGAUAGAUCUUCAUUUAAACAGGUAUUCUUGGAUUCGUGUAUCCUUGUAUCCUUAUAUCCUUGUAUCCUUGUAUCCUUGUAUCCUUGUAUCAUUGUAUCCUUG